GUUUAUUGCGUUUCUAGUCGCCGUUGGUGAAUGAAGUGUUUUCCCGUUCCCUGUAUCGAACGUGUAUCGACUCUCGCGGUACGACUUUUCUCCGUCCCUAUUUUGGUGGUCGUGUGUGUAGUGUGCGUGUGUGUGUUGUACGAAGUAGUGUAUACAAAUCGAACCAACCCAUUCUAGCUAUUGCAGGAUUGUGGAGAUUUUACCAAACAAACAAACAAACAAAAAAGUGUCCAAAUCAACCGCAAACAACCGCGGGCAGUCUCGGCUAAGCAAGCAGAGACGUUCGGGUGAGCGCCAAACUUAAAGCCGGACAAAACCAAGUGUGUUGUGUGUGUGUGGUGUGUGUCUGUGGGUUCACGCGUGUGUGUGAUUUUAUUUGGUCGACAAUACGUGUUGAUAAGUGAUUAGCUAGAAAGGGUCAAGGAUGGCCACCGCAACGCAGCAACCGGCGGACACAGUAGCCCCAACGCAACCGCCCGGGACGCAGCCGCAGCAGGCCGAGGAGGGUUUGGGCGCGAUCCGGCCCAAUCUGGACAAACGCCGCAUCCAGCGAAUGUUCAGCUGGACCGCCGACUCACCCGCAGUAACCGGCAGUGAGACGAGCGUGGCCACGAUCGACGAUGGAGGGACGAUGUGGAGCAGACAGCAGAAUGCCGUCUCCGUGCGGCAUGCGUUCAAAUCGUACGGCACCAAGAAGAAACCAAAUCAAGUUCUAUCGAAUCUUAACAUGACAGUAGCCAAAGGAACUAUUUAUGGACUUUUAGGAGCAUCCGGUUGCGGUAAAACGACACUUCUAUCGUGCAUAGUAGGACGAAAGCGACUAAACUCAGGAGAAAUAUGGGUUCUCGGUGGAAAGCCGGGAACGAAGGGAUCCGGUGUCCCUGGAGCCCGCGUAGGAUACAUGCCGCAGGAGAUUGCUCUGUACGGUGAAUUCUCGAUCCGCGAAACGAUGAUGUACUUCGGCUGGAUCUUUGGCAUGCACACGUCCGAGAUCGUCGAGCGAUUACAGUUUCUGCUCAACUUUCUCGAUCUGCCGUCAGAGUCUCGGUUGGUGAAGAAUUUGAGUGGUGGCCAACAGCGUCGUGUAUCGUUCGCCGUGGCUCUGAUGCACGACCCGGAGCUGCUCAUUCUCGACGAACCGACCGUCGGUGUGGAUCCACUACUUAGACAAAGUAUAUGGAAUCAUCUGGUACACAUCACCAAGGCCGGCCAGAAAACCGUCAUCAUUACGACGCACUACAUCGAGGAAGCCCGACAAGCACACACGAUCGGUCUGAUGCGAUCUGGUCGACUGUUGGCGGAAGAGUCACCGAGCUGCCUGCUGUCGAUGUAUCGCUGCAGCAGCCUGGAGGAUGUCUUCCUGAAGCUGUCACGCAAACAGGGCCAAGCCAAUGUGGCACCAGCUGAGCUGAACAUCAGCAACAACAUAUCACUGUCGGCACUGGCAUUCGGCAACAAAAAGGACAACCCAGUCUACGUCAGCCAGGAAAGUGGUGUCGUCGGACUUAACUUCCACCAGAGCAAGGAGGUGCUCAUCAGUGACAGUAACGGAUCCACCAUUGCUAUCAAUGGACUCAAUGGAUCUGCUCCCGGUGCGAUCAGUCAAGCGGUCGAGUGCGAUAACUGCACCGAAUGUUCGGGUUGUUCCAACUUUACGUCGAAGGGAAAGAUUCGUGCGCUGCUGGUGAAGAACUUCCUGCGCAUGUGGCGAAACGUGGGCGUGAUGCUGUUCAUCUUCGCCCUGCCCGUCAUGCAGGUGAUCCUGUUCUGUCUGGCGAUCGGGCGUGAUCCUACCAACCUGAAAAUGGCCAUCGUUAACGGUGAGAUGAACUCGACCAUCGGGGCGGACUGUGCGUUCGAUCCGGGGUGCAGCUUUACCAACCUAUCCUGUCGCUACCUGAGCCACCUCAACACGACGAUCGUGAAGGAAUACUACUCGGACCUGGACUCGGCGCUCGGUGCGGUGCGGGACGGCAACGCUUGGGGCGCACUGUACUUUACGGACAACUUUACCGACGCACUUGUGGCGCGUAUCGCUCUCGGACGCGAUGCUGACGACGAGACGCUGGACCAGUCGGAAAUUCGCGUGUGGCUCGACAUGUCCAACCAGCAGAUCGGCAUCAUGCUGAACCGCGACCUGCAGGUCGCGUAUCGGGAGUUUGCCCAGCAGCUGCUGCGAGUGUGCGACAACAAUCCGAAGCUUGGCGAUGUUCCGAUCCAGUUCAAGGCUCCGAUCUACGGUACCAACGAUCCGUCCUUCACUGAUUUCGUCGCACCAGGAGUCAUUUUGACUAUCGUGUUCUUCCUGGCCGUGGCACUGACGUCCUCCGCGCUGAUCAUCGAGCGUACCGAGGGUUUGCUGGAUCGAUCGUGGGUUGCCGGUGUGACGCCGAGCGAAAUCCUGUUCUCGCACGUCAUCACCCAGUUCGUGGUGAUGUGCGGCCAGACCGCGCUCGUGCUGAUCUUCAUGAUCGUAGUGUUCGGCGUGACGAACAACGGCGAGAUCGGCUGGAUCGUGGUGCUGACCAUCCUGCAGGGUCUGUGCGGUAUGUGCUUCGGGUUCGUCAUUUCGGCCAUCUGCGAGCUGGAGCGCAACGCUAUCCAGCUCGCCCUCGGGUCGUUCUACCCGACGCUGCUGCUGUCCGGUGUGAUCUGGCCGAUCGAGGGCAUGCCGCUCGUGCUGCGGUACGUCUCGCUCUGCCUGCCACUGACGCUGGCCACCACGUCCCUCCGCUCGAUACUGGCCCGCGGCUGGAGCAUAAUGGAGCCGGACGUGUAUAUGGGCUUCGUUUCGACGAUCGCCUGGAUUGCGCUGUUCCUCGUCAUCACGAUGCUGGUGCUGAAGUUCAAGCGCGGCUAAGCGGCGCGAUGCAAGCAACGAGCGGGUGCAACGUUUCCGUUUGCACCUGCCGUUUGCAGCGUGUUGUUGUUUUACCGUGUGCUACGGAGGGAGCAAACCCGACAGUCCCGAUCGAUAUGGAUGGUCAGCAUCCGAACGAUCAAACGAUCGUGGGAUGUGCGCAAAAUAGAGAGGAAGAAGAAGAAAAAACUACCAGAAAGCAUCACCGAGCAUGAAUUACAGGGUGGUGCUUUUAAAAACAACACACAAACACACACACAAACACAAUUUGAAUUUGCUCAAUUGUACGUAUUGGACUUUCAUACUGUUACCCUCUGUUUUUUUUUUUAGUUAAUCGUUUUUCACACUAGCGCUUUACUACUGGUAUCGCUUUGGUCCCUUCCUACACCCACACAACAACAAACAAACACACACAAACACACAUACUAUUGUUUAGUGAGAAUUUCCAGCUACCUUUGGUUGCGAUCGCUCGCACGAGUGGGGUGGGAACUGGAAUAUUCUAAUGCGUGUGCGGUGCCGGCACGCUGUCUAUUGGCUGCCGGCCACCCCACCCCUUAUGUAAGACAUAAUCGAAUAUCGGUAUAUAAAGAAGUAUAUUUGCGAUCCGGUCGGCGUGGGAUGCGUGGGAUUUUGAGUGAUCGUGAUCUACACUACACUAGCUGGGAUGCAUGGGAACUGCGCGUGUAUGGGUAAUAUGUAUGCAUGUGUGUGCGUGAACCGGGCGGGCGUAUAAACAUGGAGAUUGAGAAACCGUGUUCGUGUGGCUAUUAAUAUUGUAUGAGUAAAUAGGGUGGGGGUUUAGUUUUUGAGACGAAAAUUCGGGAUAAAGUGACAAGUACACAGAUACAACAACAAAAACAGCAACAACAAACAAACAAGCAAACAAGACAAGCUAAUAAAGCAACGAACAAAGCAACAACAACAACAAACAAGGAAACAACGAAACAUUAUACACGAACGCGUCAAUGUGAACUGUGAUUGUAAAGCAAUGAGCAAAAGCUAUAUAUUUUUUUAUUAUAAUAUGUAUCAUCAUACCAGAGUAUUUUGUAUUAAUCUUAUAUGGUGUAAAAUGGAAGAUAUCCCAAAACGAUCGGUUUACACACAAACACACACACUGGCAAACACUCACAAAUACGCAACAGAUACAAAAACAUACACACAUUUGAUAGUUUGUCCGUUUUUUCUGUCAAACUUUUGGAAAACUUUGUUUUCCACGGGGGGUUUUCACCUUAUCUCGAAGAGGUGGUAGAAAAAGUAAAGAAAAGGCCUUCAAUUCAAACCAACUCAUUGCAUACUUUUGAACAAAUUAAUGUGCUAUUUAUGCUUUCCAAUAGUAAACCACACGGGUGAAUGUGUUUGUAUACUUUGCGCUGGGAGUUGUGCGUGCCGUCUAUAUUAAUUCCCUUUUCUAUAUAUUAAAUCGGUCUUGCACACUUCCUCCCCUUUUCUUUUGGCCCCGAUCGAUCGUAAGCAAAGCAAUAAAUUUAAAAGAUUUUCCCAAUUUCCGGUACGUGAGCUACGGUACGGUGGCUUGAGAAUUGAGUUGCCGAGCAAAAACCAUAUGCUGGUGGCAAAUGCAAUGAGUUCCCUUCCCUUCCCGGCAGGGUGGCUUGGCGUGUACAUUUGGGCGUAGGGUAACAAAGUAGGAAAGAAGGCACCUGGGGAAAUGUAGCUUCUUUUUCCAUUUCUUUUAUAUUAAUAUUAAAUGCAUAUGAGCGAUGCUUCGGCCUGCGGCUGCUGCCCGAGAUUCUUACCUUAUCGAAAGGACGGCUCUGCGGUGGUCGCGGGUCGCGAACAACUUUGUGAGGGCAACAUAACAAAAGCGCAUAUAUCUUAUGUAAUACAUUUACGUAUGGGUGGGACAAUUAAAAUGGAACAAGGAAAUCUACACAAACAUACACACACAACACUUACACGGAGACACACAUAAAACACGAACAACGAACUAAUAUUAAAUAUACACUUUUUUCUAGUACCAGGUUUCUUAUCCAUCCUGUGUUGGACUUACGUGCUCUUAUCCUUACUGUUAAGAGUAGACUUGACUUCGCUGACGGCGUGUAUGACAGACAAGAUUAAAAAAAAAAAUACACACAAUAACGAUAUACCAAUUGGGUGGGUUAGAAGAAGGAGAAAACAAUAUAUCGACGCAGCGAACUGGUCUAUACAAAUUGGGGCGGUACGCGUUGUUUUUGAAGUAACGUAGGAAUCGUAAGGAGCAAAUAGAAGCAACACCGCCCACCGGUCCCGGUGGUGUUCAACUGUAUCUGUGGAGGAAAAAAAAUGAAUGUCAAUAAUAAUAAUAAAUACAUAAAAACGAA